AUGGAGCCGGUCCCGGAGGUGUCAUCGUCGCCGGCUGGUUUCGUGGCGACCCCCGGCGCCGAGGUUCUGGCUUGGGUCCUGGAGAGGUGGGGGCGGACCCCGCGGUUGGCGGCUAUCAGCAGGCUCAAACGCCAACCCGCCGGCCACUACGUGCCCACCCACGACCUCCCGGCCCUGCUCCGACGGCGCCAGCUCGCCAAUGCCAAGGAGAGGCAGAGGAUUAAAAACCUGAACAGCGGCUUCUCGAAGCUGAAGACCCUCGUGCCGCUCAUCCCCAAGGACCGGAAGCCGAGCAAGGCCGACAUCCUGAGGGCCGCCUCGGAGUACAUCCGGCUUCUCCGGGCCGUCUUGGCCGAACCCCGAGCCUGUGGGACUAUGAGGUCCGAAGAGCCCAGAAGCCAGGAUGCCGGGGUCCUCGCCUACAACCAGCCCGGCCCGGCCGUGCCCACGGCGUGUGGCUCAGCGGAGAACACCGGUCCCGUGGGCACUAGCCGGCAUCCCAGCUUACCGAGUGGCGUGGGAGGCGGCUGGCCCACCGCAGAGAUGGGCAGCCCGCCCCCGGGCAUGCCAUGGGGACGGAGCGGGAUCCCCCCGUACCUGGACCUCACCAACCUGCAGCAGCCCGGCCGGCUGGUUUUCCAGAGCGACUCCUAAGUCCUGCCGCCAGAAGAGUUGGAGUGCUGAAUGAGAGAAAUUCUUGCACUGAGGGGUGGGGCUGAGCUUCAGGAACCCAAGGAGAACACAGAGAAUACUUGCUG